UGCCCUCUGUGUGCCCCCUGGCCUGUCUGUGGGCCCCCUGGGUGUCCAAGUGCCCUCUGUGGGCCCCCUGGGUGUGUCUCUGUACUCAUGGUGCCCUCUGAUUGGGUCUCUCACUGUCCUUCACUCCCUCAUGGUGCGCUGUCCCUCUCCCCCUCCCCCUGUGCCCCAGGAGAAGAGGGACCAGGCCGAGCCCGAGCUGUCGGAGGCCCAGAAGGCGAGACAGUCGAUCCAGGAGGUGAGGCGCAGCCUGCCCGUCUUCCCCUACCGCGCCGACCUGCUGGCCGCCAUCGCCGAGCACCAGGUGCUCAUCAUCGAGGGCGAGACGGGCUCGGGGAAGACCACCCAGAUCCCGCAGUACCUGCUGGAGGAGGGCUACACCGAGGGGGACAAGAAGAUCGGCUGCACGCAGCCCCGCAGGGUGGCGGCCAUGAGCGUGGCGGCCCGGGUGGCGCAGGAAGUGGGCGUCAAGCUGGGCAACGAG